GAUUCAAAUUCUUAGACACGUAUUCAAAGGGUAGGAGAUAUUUGGUAACCCAAACCAACCCCCAUUUCCAACUCCAAUUCUUCAUUUGACUAAUACCCCCAAUAUGAACACAACCAAACUUCUCAUCAAACACCGCAAUAUCUUUUCCUGUAUUUUGAAGAAAAGAAGCAGAAAAUGGCAAAGCUACAAUUCUCAAUGAUUCCAAGCCUCGUCAUACUCGCCGCAGUUUCCUCCGGGGCGGCGGCGCAAUCGGAUGGUUGCACCAAUGUGGUGGUGAGCAUGUCGCCGUGCCUCAACUACGGCAACUCCUCCGCCGCCCCUUCCGCCGCGUGCUGCGCGCAGCUGAACACCGUGGCCCGCUCCCGACCAGAGUGCUUAUGUCAAGUAAUUAAUAGCACUACUCUUGGAUUGAGUGUCGACCAAACUCAAGCUCAAGCUCUCCCCAAAGCUUGUAGUGUCCAAACCCCCAACUGCAAAGCUGCUUCUCCACCCGGUUCAACACCAAAUUCAGGGGGUGGAUCAUCAUCACCUGGAAAUGGCUCCUCCGAUGCAGCCUCCAUUAGAUUUAGCACUUUAUUUGCUAUUUUUCUUCUUUUCACAGCUCAUAUUAUGUUUUUAAAUUUCAGCAGUUGUUGAACAUUUUCAUGACUUCUUUUUAAGGUAAUGGGGUUGGUGAGGGCUAUCCAUCUCAAGAAGAGUUUAGACAAAUGUAUUCAUUAAUAAUUUAUGACCAAAUGUAUGGUCUAUCGUGUCCUUUUCUAUUUUAUUAUUUUUUUGGGUGUUAGAGAUUCA